AUGUCUUCCGUCGGCGUUGUCAUCUCAGGACGGCCUGUCGUGACCGAACCUUCCUCGGUGAUAUCGCCUACCCAGUUCGCGUUCCAGAUUCCUUCGCAGCCGUCGUUCUCCCACAUCGUCAUCUUCCUACUCCCAGGCGUUACAUUACCAGAUGGCACAGCCGCCGCCGUAUACGCGCAACUACCCGGCACCACCGACUUCAAACUUCUCGGCGCAAUCGCAAACGAGAAACCUAGCGCGAUAUUCAAAGUCAACGCAAAGGCUGGUGGACCCGCAGGUGGUGGACUAGGCGACAAUGACGAUGCCAUGGUGGAUGAAGGUGUGUCAGUGGAUGCGUCGAACGGUAGCACCGCACCGCUAGCUCUUGGGAUAGCUAUCGAGCCUGCGCAACAAGUCGCUGCAGCUUUGGAGCAGAAGAAGGCACAAGAUGCCGCGGCAUCGGCAACACCGAACAUGGGACAAGGCAACGAGUUAGUACUUCGGGGGCAGAGGAGUGUGGAGACGAAGGUACUGGCACAGAGGAUCAUUAAGAAUUGUUAUGACUUCUUGACAAGCUGGGGCACGGGAGAUACGGUGCCGUUGAAGGCAUUCCAAGCGUGGUGGACCAAGUUUGAGGGCAAGAUCGAGAGGGAUCCCGGGUUUUUGGAGAGAAGCGAUGGAGGCUGA